AUGAGCGAAUAUCACACAGUGAUCCUCCUUUUCCUCCUCCUCGUAAUAAUCUCCGGUUUUUGCAAAGGAGAGAGGCAGCUGCGCGGUUGGCUGCCCGAGUUUUGUGUUUUUGCCGAAAAGGAAUGUCCCAAUUCGCGGGUUACCUUCUGGCUUUAUACCAAUCAAACCCGCAAUGAUCCUGUGCAAUUGGAUCCACUCAAUCCUCGACCGGAACUCUUUGAGCCACGACUGCCCCUAAAGAUACUUAUACAUGGCUUCAUCGGAAAUAGGAGUCUGACUCCAAAUCUGGAAGUAAGGGAUGUGCUCCUCAUGAACCAGCCAGUAAAUGUGAUCUCUGUGGAUUAUGAGACAUUGGUUCGGUGGCCCUGCUACUUUCCCUGGGCCGUGAAUAAUGCCCCCAUAGUAUCCGAGUGCCUGGCCCAGAUGAUAAACAAUCUGCUUUCCUCUGGAAUCUACAGACGAGAGGAAAUUCAUCUAAUAGGCUUCAGUUUGGGCGCCCAAGUGGCUGGCAUGGUGGCCAAUUAUGUGAGUCAGCCAUUGGCCAGAAUUACGGGUCUGGAUCCAGCAGGUCCUGGAUUUAUGACUCAGUUCUCGCUGCAACAUAAGCUAGAUGCCAGUGAUGCAGAUUUCGUGGAUGUCAUCCACACGGAUCCUUUCUUCUUCUCCAUGCUGCCACCAAUGGGUCACGCCGAUUUCUAUCCAAAUCUAGACCAACUCAACCAACGAGGAUGCAGCUAUAUUAGUAACUGGAGGUUCUUCAAUUGUAAUCAUUAUAGGGCGGCGGUGUACUAUGGAGAAUCUAUAAUCUCCAGAAGAGGAUUUUGGGCUCAGCAGUGUGGCGGUUGGUUCGAUUUCUUCACACAGCGUUGCAGUCAUUAUUCGAAUAUGCCCAACUCACAGAUGGGUUACUUUGUCUCAGAAGAUGCCACGGGAUCGUACUUCCUGAGUACUCACGAUGUUUCGCCUUUUGCCAAGGGACCACUCAUUGAUAUCGAAAUGGAUAUAGCUGAAUUUCGCAAUUUAUCAAAUUUGGCUAUUAAUUGA